GAAAAUUCAACUAUAUAAAAAGAGAUUUUGUAUAUCAUUGGUGUCAUACUAGGAUUAGUGUGAAAUAACAUUGACACUGUAAAACAGUGACUAAAAGAGACAUAUGCCUUGUUUGAAAGAUCACCGUGACUUUGUUGUUGUAUUCUUUCUUUUUAUAGUGUAUUCUUUUGCUCAGGGGGAGCCCAGGGUAUUUUGCCAUUUAUUAAAAGGACAAUUAGAUCACUCUGCAUUAUUUCAAAUUACUCAAGAAGGCACAGAAAAUAGCUACUUGUGAACAUGCUGUCUUGUUUAUCCAACUUAUAUAAUGAACUGAGAUCCCAAUAAGAAAGAGGAAUUACACCACAGGAGGAGAAUCCAUUGUCAGACUUUAAAAACUAAUUGUGGUUUACUCUUACACAUAGAUCUAUUCAACAGAUAUUUGUUGAGCAUCUACGCUAUGCCAGGCAUUAUUUUAGAUGUUAGGGAUAUAACAGGGAACCACACAAAAUUCUAGCACUCAGGGGCGAUACAGAAAACAAGAAUAUAUAUCUGUGCUACAUCAGAUGGUAAUCCAUGCCAGGGAGGGAAAAAAAGGCAGGAAAAAUGAUAUAGAAAGUAUCUUUAUAUGCAUUUCCCCAAUCUGAAAAUUUCAUAAAAUAACUCUUUGCCCUUAAACUGGAAUGAACUUGUGAAUUUUUCCUUCAUGUAAUUCAACUAACUGGAACCACUGUUGGUAUAUAGGCUGCCUAGAAAUUGAAAUAAAUUCUUUUUGUCUGAGAUACGGUUAGGAAAUUGCAUGGCUAUAUGUUUUUAUAGUGAUAGGAUUACCAAUCACUAUUAUGUGUUCUUUCACUUCUCAGUUUCUCUCAGACUAACCUGCCUACACUCUAGAAGGUAGGGCCAAGUCAGGGCUGUUUACUGAUGUAUUUCAGAACCUGGCAAGUAGUGACAAUAUUUCUUUGGGUGAAGGAGUGAAUAAUCAUAAUUGCAUGUUUCAAAAACUGCAUCAUCUCCUCUAAACAGUUUCCAAACUCCUAAAAGCAGAAUAGAAAGAACAAACGUAACAAUUCGUUUUGAAGUAAAAACAACACAUGGUGGCGCUGUAGGCUAAGGUUUAACAACAAAACAAAAUUGCCUGUUAAAUGCUAAGACCUCUACUUCAGACCUCAUUCGCCCAAGAGGAAAGCCUGUAAGCAGAGCUCCGACCAGUAAGUCUCCAGAGAAUGCUGCUCACCCGCAUUUCCGGACAGGUUAUCAACUGACAGAUCGAUCACUAGCUCAGUCCUGAGGGAGUUCUGGUCCCUGUUUCUGGAAAGGCGUGUGCAUAAGAAGAUGGAGACCAGAGGGGACCGCGUUCCUACACAAAGGCAAGUCCUGAUUCUCCUUCUCUUACCGGGAGUGGCUCUGGCAGGCUGGGAACCCCGCCGCUAUUCCGUGAUGGAGGCAACAGAAAUUGUGGCCAACCUGGCCAAGGACCUAGGGCUAGGAGUUGGGGAGCUAGCCGCGCGGGGCGUCCGCGUGGUCUCUGAGGAUAACAAACCACGCUUGCAGCUUCAUUUGCAGACCGGGGAACUGACAUUAACCGAGAAACUGGACCGGGAGGAGCUGUGCGGCCCCACUGAGCCCUGCGUGAUGCAUUUCCAAGUGUUAUUGAAAAAACCAAUGGAAGUAAUUCGAGCUGAGCUGCUGGUGAAAGACAUAAAUGAUCAUUCUCCUGAGUUUCCUGAAAGAGAAAUGACCCUGAAAAUCCCAGAGAAUAGCCCUCCUGGGACAGUGUUUCCUCUGACAAAAGCUCAGGAUUUGGACGUGGGUAACAACAAUGUUCAAAAGUAUGAUAUUGGUCCCAACUCUCAUUUCCAUGUUUCCACGCAUGACCGGGGGGACGGCAGAAAAUACCCAGAGCUGGUGCUGGACAAAGACCUGGAUCGCGAGGAGCAGGCUGAGCUCAGACUCACUCUCACAGCGCUGGAUGGCGGCUCUCCUCCCCGAUCUGGCACCAUCCAGAUCCGCGUCUUGGUCAUGGACGUCAACGACAACGUCCCUGAGUUUGCGCAGACGCUUUAUGAGGUGCAGGUCCCGGAGAACAGCCCGGUAGGCUCCCUGGUUCUCAAGGUCUCCGCUACGGAUUUAGACACAGGGACAAAUGGAGAGAUUUCAUACUCACUUUUCUAUAGUUCACAGGAGGUUGGCAAAACUUUUGAGCUAAGCAACUCUUCAGGGGAUAUUCGACUAAUUAAAAAACUAGAUUUUGAGACAAUAUCCUCAUAUGAGUUAGAUGUAGAGGCGACUGAUGGCGGGGGUCUUUCUGGGAAAUGUUCUGUGUUGAUUAAGGUGUUAGAUAUCAACGACAACCCCCCGGAACUGACUAUAUCGUCACUUACCAACCCUAUUCCAGAAAAUUCUCCCGAGACAGAAGUGGCUCUGUUUAGGAUUCGAGACCGAGACUCUGGGGAGAAUGGAAGGAUGGCUUGCUCUAUCCAGGACGAUGUCCCUUUCAUACUGAAACCUUCCAUAGAGAAUUUCUACAGGCUGGUAACAGAAGGGGCUCUGGACAGAGAGAGCCAAGCCGAGUACAACAUCACCAUCACCGUCACAGACCUGGGCACACCCAGGCUGACCACAGAGCACAGCAUAACAGUGCUGGUCUCCGACGUCAACGACAACGCCCCCGCCUUCACCCAGGCCUCCUACACCCUGCUGGUCCGCGAGAACAACAGCCCCGCCCUGCACAUCGGAACCAUCAGCGCCACAGACGCAGACGCGGGCACCAACGCCCAGGUCACCUACUCGCUGCUGCCGCCCCACGACCCGCAGCUGGCCCUGGCCUCGCUGGUGUCCAUCAACGCCGACAACGGCCAGCUGUUCGCGCUCAGGUCGCUGGACUACGAGGCCCUGCGCGCCUUCGAGUUCGGCGUGCGCGCGGCAGACCGCGGCUCGCCCGCGCUGGACCCCAGCGACAACGCGCCCUUCGGUCUCUACCCGCUGCAGAACGGCUCUGCGCCCUGCACCGAGCUGGUGCCCAGGGCGGCCGAGGCGGGCUACCUGGUGACCAAGGUGGUGGCGGUGGACGGCGACUCGGGCCAGAACGCCUGGCUGUCGUACCAGCUGCUCAAGGCCACGGAGCCCGGGCUGUUCGGCGUGUGGGCGCACAAUGGCGAGGUGCGCACCGCCAGGCCGCUGAGCGAGCGCGACGCCGCCAAGCACAGGCUGCUGCUGCUGGGCAGGGAACAUGGGGAGGCGCAGCCUGCGUGGCUGCUGUUCGUGGCGGCGCGGCUGUGCAGGAGGGCCAGGGCGGCCUCGCUGGGGGGCUGCUCGGUGCCCGAGGGCCCCUUCCCGGGCCACCUGCUGGACGUCAGCGGCACUGGGACCCUGUCCCACAGCUACCAGUAUGAGGUGUGUCUGAGGGGCGACUCUGAGAGUCAGGAGUUCAAAUUCUUGAAGCCUAUCUUCCCCAAUAUUCUGGUCCAGGACUCUGGGAGGAUAUCAGAGGGUAAUCCAGCAUUCCAAAGUAAUUUAGGCAUUUGAAAAUUUCACACUAUGUUAGUUUUGUCUUCUUUUUUUUUUACUUGAUUUUUAAAAACUUGGGAGAAAUAUUUAUAUCUCCUUUUUUCCUUCUAUGUCUAUAUCCUUUUGUGAUGUUACUAUUUGAUUUAUUGGCCUGGUCAUCACAUAAUUAUUUUUUCCAAUUAUUGUGUUAUUAGUAGAUAUUUUGUGUUAGGAAUUUUCAUAUUCCUGAGUUAAACUUUGCUGCUUAUUCUCAAAGGAUAAUAUGAAAAUUAAUUCCUCCUAAUAACAAUAAUUGUAAAAGUAUGUUACACACCAUAUGAAGCUACCUAAGAAUGUGGAAGUCCUUUUACCAUACUUUAUUUGUUAAAUAUUGGAAGUCUUUUUAGUUUGUAGUAUUUAUAGAUUUUCCAAUUACCCUAUUUCUGUUUGGAGUGCAAUCUGUUCAUAUUUAUCCUAGUCUAGUUUUUUUUUCCCAAGGACCCUAUUUGGAUUUUCAUUUUCCA